UGCCAAAAAACGAAUUGAACAUAUUUGUGAAAAUGAAAAUAUUAAUUAUGAUCCCAAGGCUAUAGAUGAGAUUCUUAAGAUAUCUAAUGGUGAUUUGAGAAAAUCUAUAAUGUUUCUUCAAAGUGCAGCCAGAUUACAUCAAAAUGAAAGAAUUACUGCUGAUUCAAUUUUAGAAAUUGGAGGGGUUGUGCCAGAUGAUAUUAUUGACAAAUUGAUUGAGACUGCUUAUAUGCCUAUAAAUGAUGAAUCAUUAAAUUUGAUAGAUAAUAUUAUUGCAUCAGGAUUUUCUGCUGUUCAAAUAAUGUCACAGAUUUGUGAUAAAGUAGUAGUUGAUGAACAACUAAACAAUGAUCAGAAAGCUUGUAUAGGAGAGGUUUUAGGCGAAAUUGAUAAAGAAUUAUGUGAUGGAGCUGAUGAUAAUUUUCAACUAAUGAAACUGCUUAUAAAUUUUUCUGAAAUUAAAACCUGUGAAGAUGAUGAAGAUAAUCAAGAAAAAUAUGAUAAAGAAUCCCCAGAGGAAUUUGAUAAAGUAACAACAAUGGAGGGAAAUAUUCCUCAAUUUGUAAGAUAUAUUGUACAAAUUAUUGG